UUCUUCAUUUGGAUUUUUGGUGAAAGGAGGAUGAGUAACGCUGGUGGUGCCUCGGGAUUUCGGCAGGAAAUGCCACCCCCAGGUGGUUAUAAUUCGUUCAAUUGGAGCCGAACAUUCCCAAAGGCGACGGAGAAGUUCGAAGACACUGAUAUUCAAAAUGCUAUGACACCAUUUCUGAAAGCAGAAAGGGAUAGGCGGUGGUUGAAAUUUUUGAAGAAAAAUCGGGACAUUGAGAAUGAGGUGAUGAAAGACGUUCCUGGUUGGAAAACAGGUACCUGGUACGGUGAACCUGUCUACUUCACUUUAGGUGACAAAUGGUGGGACCCUUGCCACUUUGAAGCAUACGUUCACUCUACAAGACGGCGUAAGAUGAAUGAUUUGAUGUGGCGUCAUAGGUCGGAUUACGAUGCCCCACUAUUUUGGGACAAAUGGGUACCCGACAUUGGGGCCAAGUAUCGCGAUAGCUUUGGGAGAGAGAACUUUGAGAUCAACCCUUUUAACUGGAGAUCGUACUGGUGA